GCUGCCGCACGGGGUGGUGGGCACUGAGGUCCCAACAGAGGGCCUGGGAGGUGCUGCCGCAGCCCAGAGAUGGGCUGGGAGUGAAACUAUGUAGCCUCUUAACCCCCAGCCCCCAGGGAGUCUGCAGCCAGGACAGCUAUGGAUGGAUAAAAGAGAUUUGGUGUGGAGCCUGUGUGGCUGUCAUCCAGGAAACUCACUUUGACCUUUCUGAAGUCCAUAUGGCUCUAUAUGAUGAAGAUCUCCUGAAGAAUCCUUUCUAUCUGGCUCUUCAGAAGUGGCGCCCUGACUUGUGCAGUAAGGUGGCCCAAAUCCAUGGCAUAGUCUUAGUGCCCUGUAAAGGAAGCCUAUCAAGCAGUGUUCAGUCCUCUUGUCAGUUUGAAUCCUACAUUUUGAUACCAGUGGAAGGACAUUUUCAGACCUUAAAUGGAAAGGAUGUCUUUAUACAAGGAAACAGGAUUAAAUUAGGAGCUGGUUUUGCCUGUCUUCUCUCAGUGCCCAUUCUCUUUGAAGAAACUUUCUACAAUGAAAAAGAAGAAAGUUUCAGCAUCCUGUGUAUAGCCCAUCCUUUGGAAAAGAGAGAGAGUUCAGAAGAGCCUACAGCACCCUCAGAUUCCUUUACCCUGAAAACUAUUGAAGACGUGAGAGAAUUUUUGGGAAGACACUCUGAGAGAUUUGACAGGAACAUCGCCUCUUUCCACCGAACAUUCCGAGAAUGUGAAAGAAAGAGCCUCCGUCACCACAUAGACUCGGUGAAUGCGCUCUACACAAAAUGCCUCCAGCAACUUCUGAGGGACUCUCACCUGAAAGUGCUUGCGAAGCAGGAGGCCCACAUGAACCUAAUGAAGCAGGCAGUAGAGAUGUACAUCCAUCAUGAUAUUUAUGAUCUGAUCUUUAAGUAUGUGGGGACCAUGGAGGCGAGCGAGGAUGCUGCCUUUAACAAAAUCACAAGAAGCCUUCAAGAUCUCCAGCAGAAAGAUAUUGGUGUGAAACCUGAAUUCAGCUUCAAUAUCCCUCGUGCAAAGAGAGAGCUGGCUCAGCUGAACAGAUGCACCUCCCCACAGCAGAAGCUGGUCUGUUUGCGAAAGGUGGUGCAGCUCAUUACACAGUCUCCUAGCCAGAGAGUGAACUUGGAGACUAUGUGUGCUGAUGAUCUUCUCUCAGUCCUAUUGUAUUUGCUUGUGAAAACAGAGAUCCCCAAUUGGAUGGCAAAUUUGAGUUACAUCAAAAACUUCAGAUUUAGCAGCUCAGCAAAAGAUGAAUUGGGGUACUGCCUGACCUCAAUCGAGGCUGCAAUCGAAUAUAUUCGGCAAGGAAGCCUUUCUGUUAAACCACCUGAGUCUGAGGGAUUUGGUGACAGGCUGUUCCUUAAGCAGAGGAUGAGCUUACUCUCUCAGAUGACCUCAACUCCCAUUGACUGCCUAUUUAAGCACAUUGCAUCAGGUAACCAGAAAGAAGUGGAAAGGCUUCUCAGCCAAGAAGACCAUGACAAAGAUGCCGUCCAAAAGAUGUGUCACCCACUGUGUUUCUGUGAUGAGUGUGAGAAGCUUAUCUCUGGGAGGCUGAAUGAUCCCUCAGUUGUCACUCCUUUCUCCAGAGAUGACAGGGGUCAUACACCUCUUCAUGUGGCUGCUCUCUGUGGGCAGGCGUCUCUCAUCGACCUCCUGGUUUCCAAGGGUGCCAUGGUGAACGCCACRGACUAUCACGGGUCCACUCCUCUUCAUCUGGCGUGUCAGAAGGGCUAUCAGAGUGUGACGCUGCUGCUGCUGCACUAUAAGGCCAACGCUGAGGUGCAGGACAAUAAUGGCAACACCCCACUCCACCUGGCCUGCACUUAUGGUCAUGAAGAUUGUGUGAAGGCUUUGGUCUACUACGAUGUGCAGGCGUGCAGACUGGAUAUUGGUAAUGAGAAAGGAGACACACCCCUACACAUAGCUGCACGUUGGGGUUACCAGGGCAUCAUAGAGACGUUGCUACAGAAUGGAGCACCCACAGAGAUCCAGAACAGACUGAAAGAAACACCGCUCAAAUGCGCACUAAACUCUAAGAUUSUGUCUGUGAUGGAAACCCAUCAUCUGUCUUUGGAAAGAAGGCCAAAGGAAAGAAGGUCUUCUGAGGUCCCUGAACAGUCCCCUCAACGCUCUGUGGAUUCCAUCAGCCAAGGGUCCUCCACCUCCAGCUUCUCCUCCAUGUCAGGGAGCUCCAGACAGGAGGAGACCAAGAAGGACUACAGAGAGGUAGAAAAACUUUUAAGAGCAGUUGCUGAUGGAGAUCUAGAAAUGGUGCGUUACCUUUUGGAGUGGACAGAAGAGGACCUGGAAGAGGUGGAUGAUGCUAUUGGUGCAGCAGAUCAUGAAUUCUGUCAUCCCUUGUGUCAGUGCCCCAAAUGUGCUCCUGCUCAGAAGAAGCUGGCAAGGAUUCCUACCAAUGGGCUUGGCGUGAAUGUGACUAACCUGGAUGGCUCUUCCCCACUGCAUGUUGCUGCCCUGCAUGGUCGAGUGGACCUCAUCCCCCUCCUGUUGAAGCAUGGUGCCAACGCAGGUGCCAGAAAUGCAAACCAAGCCGUCCCCCUCCACCUGGCCUGCCAGAAGGGCCACUUUCAGGUGGUGAAGUAUCUAUUAGAUUCUAAUGUGAAACCCAAUAAAAAGGAUAUAAGUGGAAACACACCCCUCAUUUAUGCCUGCUCCAGUGGCCAUCAUGAAGUCGCAGCACUGUUGCUACAGCACGGGGCUUCCAUUAACGCUACUAACAAUAAGGGCAAUACAGCUCUGCAUGAGGCUGUGAUAGAAAAGCAUGUCUUCGUGGUGGAGCUGCUUCUGCUUCAUGGAGCAUCAGUUCACAUCUUGAACAAGAGGCAGUGCACGGCCAUAGACUGUGCUGAGCAGAAUUCGAAAAUAAUGGAGUUACUUCAAGUAGUACCAAGUUGUGUUGCCUCAUUAGAUGAUGUUGCUGAAAUAGAUCACAAGGAGUAUGUGACCGUUAAGAUCAGGAAAAAAUGGAACUCAAAAAUGUACGAUCUACCAGAUGAACCUUUUACAAGACAGUUUUACUUUGUUCACUCAGGUGGUCAGUUUAGGGGGAAGACUUCUAGGGAGAUUAUGGCAAGAGAUAGAAGUGUCCCUAAUUUUACUGAAGGUUCUUUGCAUGAGCCUGAAAGGCAAGGAAUCACACGGRAACAGAAUAACCUGCCAGACCAGAGCAGAUCGCAGACUGCUAAUGAAGGAAAGAAUGACUGGCCUGAGGAGAGGCCUAGACAGAAGCAAACUGCUCCUGGAAACAGGAGAAUGCUCCGCAGGCACACUGUCGAAGACCCAGUUGUUCCCAAGGGCCCAGAGACUGCCGACAACCUAUCCCUGCCCCAAGGGGCUGGCGUUUCCCAGUCUUAACAGUAAUAAGUCAUUGUUAAGUUUCCUGCCAAGAAGUGAGUAUGCAAUAAGAUGAUGCUGAGCAUGAAUACAGCUUAGGACUGAGUAUACUUUCAAACAACUGGCUUGAAAGACUCUUCAGCAGAAAGUUCCUGAAAGCUUUUCUGUGGCUGAGGGAAUAAGUGCAACAAAAAAUUUACCACCAUCUCUCUCCUCUUCAAAGCUAAUGAAUACA